AUGAAACAAACUCCUGAGGGUAAAGUUGAUCGCUACAAAGCUCGUUUAGUUGCGAAAGGUGAUCUUCAAGAGGAGGUGUAUAUGGAGAUUCCUCCUGGAUUCACAAGCAUAGAAACCAAUGGCAAGAGUAAUGCAGAUCAUACUAUGUUCUUUUGUCAUAAUAAAGGAAAGGUUGCCAUCCUAAUUGUUUAUGUUGAUGAUAUUAUUCUUACUGAUGAUGAUCUCUCAGAAUUGGCUCGCUUGAAGACUCAAUUGGCACAAUCUUUUGAAGUCAAAGAUCUGGAUAACUUACGAUACUUUUCUGAGAUUGAAGUAGCCAGAUCAUCUCAUGCCAUCUUUCUUUCUCAACGAAAAUACAUCCUGGAUUUAUUGACUGAAACAGAAAUAUUGAGAUGUCGAUCGGCUGUCACACCUAUCGAGCAAAAUCAUCGUCUUACUACUGAUAGUGGUAAGUCAGUUGAUCGUGAACGAUAUCAGCAUCUUGUUGGUAAACUGAUCUAUCUAUCUCACACAAGACCGGACAUAGCCUUUACAAUCAAUGUUGUGAGUCAGUACAUGCAUGAUUCUCGUGAAAGCCAUCAAGAAACUGUAUAUAGAAUUUUUCGAUAUCUUAAAGGUUGUCCAGGACGUGAUCUUUUUUUCUCUCAUCAUAAACAUCUCAACGUUGAAGCCUAUUCUGAUGCUGAUUGGGCCGGCUCUAUAGAUAAUCGUCGAUCAAUCUCAAGCUAUUGUAUUUUUAUUGGUGGUAAUCUUGUAACUUGGCGCAGUAAGAAACAAGACAUUGUUGCUCGAUCUAGUGCGGAGGCUGAGUACCGAGCUAUGGCUCAAGGUAUUUGUGAGGUCAUAUGGUUGAAAUAA